AUGCUCAGCAGAAAGCGACCCGAACUCUUGGAUGCCGGGUUCACAAACCUACGAGCACAGAUCGACAGGGAAGAAACGUUCAAGGAAAUGAAGGCAGCAGGGAUGACAGGGCACUGGCUGCCACAUGCCGAUCAAUUCAACUACCAAAUCAUAGUGGUUGUUGAUGGAAAUGUCGUGCCAGAUCGACUGCCGACACAAAUGAAUGGGAACAGCGCGAUCGUGAAGCAGCUCACUGAACGGAUAGAGCACUGGUAUUCUUCUCUACGGCAUGGAGAGAAUAUCAUUCUCGUUAAGUCGGACAUUUCUGACCUCGAAGAAACGCUGGAACGAGAGCUUAAGAAUGCUUCAAGGUUGGCAAGAAUCGCCAAGAACGGAAAACUGCUUGUUCAGAAAGUUUUGAGUCAAAGAGCAGUUGAUUGUUACUGGGCAGAGUUGUUGGAAGUCUAUUCCAGCUUUCUCGAGAGACCUGUUGCUCCUCCUGAAGACAAAAAUGCGUUCUGUAAUCUUUGA